UGACGACGUUGGCGUAUGUAGCAGUGGUCAUAUUCUAAUGAGUAAGUCUUUGUAGAGAGAGAGAGAGAGAAAAGUGGUGAGAGAGAGAGAGAGAGAGAGAAGCAAAGGUCAAAGCGAGGCAGUUGAGUAAUUGUAACACCGUUGAUAGUACCCAUUAUAUUGGCAAUUGCAUAGGUGUAAUGAUUUCGUGGAAGGUCAGUGCAAACAAGAUCAGAAGCCUCCUCGUGAUUUUUAUCUGAGAAAAAGUGUUUUGAGUUUUCUGCUUUUUGGGGAUUUCAGUUUUGAGUUUGUAGUAGUUUCUGUUCCCUUUAUUUAUUUUUUAGUUUAUCUGAUUGCUCCAUGGCAACUUAAAAGGUACAGCAACCACCGUAUAUAUCAGGUAUUAUCAGUGUAUGUGUGUGUGACUCCUAAGGAAUUUGCAGACCUCUUACACAUGUCUUCUUCGUCUUUUCAUUUUCUCUCGUGAUAUUCCUCCUCUCUCUCUCUCUUUUGCCCCCUCUGCUUUCUGUUUGCGUGGGGAGCAAAAAGCUCAUUCUUUUUUCUCUCUCUCUCUCUCUCUGAUAUAUAAGACUGAGAGGUCCAAACAAACUAAACUUCUUGUGGGCAAGACGUAACCUUUUGGUGUUGAGGAAGAAACACAACAAAGUGAAGAAAGUGAAGGUCUUUUUUACUCAACCAAGGGUUUCGAUAGAUAUAUAUAUAUCUAUCUGCUUUACAUAAGAUCAAACUGAACAUGGGUAGUUGUGGAAGAGAAGGAGCUGUAAGGCAAUAUAUAAGGUCAAAGGUUCCUCGUUUAAGGUGGACUCCCGAGCUGCACCGUUGCUUUGUUCACGCCAUUGAUAGCCUUGGAGGUCAUCAAAAGGCUACUCCUAAGCUUGUUCUUCAGUUGAUGGAUGUUAAAGGGCUCACAAUUUCACACGUCAAGAGUCAUCUUCAGAUGUACAGAAGCAUGAGGGGCGACUUGGGGAGACAAGGUAGGACACAGUCCCAACAUAGGAACCAAUCUUUUGAGGAGCACGAUGAUGGGUGUGUUGAUGAAGUGAAUGAUGUUUGCGUUGAGUACUCAUGUUCGAAAGCCAUGGGAAUAGAAUCUGAUUCCUUCUUCGGCCACAGCAAUCUCCCUCCGAAAAGAGCAAGAAUCGAGACGAGGAGUUCCAUCUCAGAGAGUCUGCAAUGCAGCCAAAGAUUAUGUGAUGCAGUUCCAAAUCCGUACUGUUUUUAUGAUUAUCUGCAGAAGCCCAUGGCUGAGCACAAGGGAAUAAAGGAGUUCUGUAAGGCUUCAACAUGGCAGACACAACCCCAUUCCUCUCUGUUACUACCACAUUUUCCCACCCUCACUUCAUUCCAAUCUCCUAACAACCAACAAUCAGAUUUCCUCCAGGUGACAACAUUAAAUGAAGGAAAGAGCAGUGGAAAAGGAGUUAAUGUAGAUGUGAACACUGAGACAGGUGAGGCAGAAGUUGAGGAUGUAGGAGGGUAUGAAUUGUCAUUGUCUCUUACAUUGCCAAAUCCUUCACCUCAGAGAAGUAAUUGUUCAUGUUCAGGCAGUGAGAUCAGUGAGACAAUCUCAUCAUGCCCUGCUGCAGGUUUUAGCAACUACAAGGACUGCUCUACUUCAUCCAAUCUAAAUGAAACAAUUAAUUUAGACCUUUCUUUAGCCCUAUCUGGCAAUUGAUUUCAUCCACUAUUGUAAAAUCAAUCUAUUAUACCCAUAAUCUACUCUCUACUUCUUUUUCUUU